AUGCCACACGCCUCUGGACCGACAUGCGAGCCUGCUGCUGUUGCCAUCUCCCUGCUGCCGCCACCUGCUUUUCCUGAGGCUCAGAUUACUCAUAUCAACAGUGCUAGUACUAACGCGAUUGAAUUUGUUGAUCAGACUUCACAACACAUACAUAUCGCGGGCAAAUGCUCAUGCGUCACACCAGAUAACUCCCAGCUCGGGCAUUUCCGACGACGACAGAGUCAGCAAAGUAGUCUUGGGAAGAAGGCGAUCAUGAGCACCAUGGCUUCGAACGGUCACCACACUACCAACAGCAACGGACGGGACAGCGACGAGGAGAGGAUGGAUGAGUUGAGGCAUGAGCUGGAUCGGACACUCACCCGUACAAGUGAUGCUGGACCAGCGCAGCGCAACGGCGAGAGCAAACAACCACAACCUGACCGGACAUACCUGACCGCAGCAAAGCCGGCGCCACAACGCAACGGCUCACUGGCAGCGGCUAUGCAAGGUCGUUUGCCAGAGGUCACAGGCGCGAGCAUGGCUAUGAACGAUACACCAGCCACCACUGCACCGGGCUCACCAAGCAUGAACGGCGACUACUUCCCUGCGCAACAACAAUCUCUCGACGAACGACCGGUCCACCUCCCGCCACCACCGACAAGACAGAUGUCUGGCAGUGCCACACCACGAGUGCGACCGACUACCCUUGAUAUCCCUGGCUUGACGAAGAGCAAGGUCAGUCCUGAUGGGCGGAUAGCGUCAAGAGAUGUGGGUGCGAAGUUGGUGAUUGUUAUGGUUGGGCUACCGGCGAGAGGAAAGAGCUAUAUUACAAAGAAGCUUGCGCGUUAUCUGAAUUGGCUGCAGCAUGAUACCAGGAUCUUCAAUGUUGGAGAGCGACGGCGCGUUGCUGCUGGAGGACCGCUGGACAGGACAAAGAGCCGGCAGAAGAGCGAGGUGCAUCGCGCGAGUGUGCAGCUCACACAGCCUGGCUUGAUUGAUCAUACGCUCAUAAGAGCUCCAUCGGAGGCAGUACAACAGCCUGCAAACGUCGCGCAGAUCUUGCUCAAUGGCGAGACCAGACUCGAAGCUCCGGCGACACCUCAGGGCGUAGCCCCGGCCAUCGAGCUCACAAGAGCAGUUUCACAUACGAAGAGCGAAAGUGAUGACCGUGAGAUACAUAUGCCGGACAUGGGCGAGCCGAAAUCACCAAGCGAACAGAAGGGCGAGCUGGUGAACGAUGUGCAAGAGCCGGAGGAUGAAGCGAUGCAACACAACAGUGCCUUCUUUGACCCAGAGAACAAAAAGGCCUCCCAGAUCCGAGAGCAAGUGGCACGAGAGACGCUAGAUGAGCUGCUAGAUUACAUCCUUAACCAAGGUGGUAGUGUGGGAAUCCUGGAUGCAACAAACAGUACUGUGGAGCGAAGGAAGAUGGUCAUGGACCGAAUACGUGAGCGAGCUGGACCGGAUCUGAACGUGCUGUUCUUAGAGUCGAGAUGUGUGGAUCAGGAUUUGUUAGAGGCAAAUAUGCGAUUGAAGCUGGGUGGACCGGACUACAGAGACAUGGAUCCUCAGGAAGCACUGGACGACUUCAAGAAGCGCAUCAAGGUGUAUGAGAAGGCGUAUGUGCCUCUUGGAGAAUUGGAGGAGCGAAGUAACAUGCCAUAUAUUCAGAUGAUCGACGUGGGCCGCAAAAUCAUCUCGCAUCAGAUCAAGGGUUUCCUGAUGGCUCAGGCGAAUUACUACCUCCUCAAUUUCAACCUCGCGCCUCGACAGAUCUGGAUCACGAGACACGGACUCAGCGAGGACAACAUUUCCGGCAAGAUUGGCGGCGAUAGCGAUCUUGCUGAGGAGGGUGUUCUGUAUGCGAAGAGCCUAACCCGUUUCAUGGACUCGAAACGUAGAGAGUGGGAUCUCAAGCAGAUCGAGGAUGCGAGGAACACGCACUUCCCACCACAACCUGGUGAUGCUACGCCACCAAAUCCCUACUUCAGCCCGGCCUCCCCACGCCUUGAGAAGCGCACACCCUUCUACGAGACACCAUCUUCAGCCGUUCCCUCCGGCGCAGCGACACCCAAUUCCGACGCCAUCUCGGAUAUCGAAUCGAAACCCUUCUGCGUCUGGACAAGUAUGCUCAAACGCAGUGUUCAGACCGCUCAGUUCUUUAAUGAUGAAGAGUAUGAUACUAAGCAGAUGCGGAUGCUUGACGAGCUUAACGCUGGUGUAAUGGAGGGUCUGACAUACAAUUGCAUCUCCACCCAAUAUCCCGAGGAAUACCGGAGCCGCAAGCUAGAUAAGCUGCACUACCGCUACCCUGGUCCAGGAGGUGAAGGCUACCUAGACAUCAUCAACCGGCUCCGCCCUGUCAUCGUGGAACUAGAGCGAAUGACCGACCACGUCCUCCUCGUCGGCCACCGCAGCGUCGCACGCGUCCUUCUCGCCUACUUCCGCGGCCUUAGGAGGGAGGAAGUCGCAGACCUGGACGUUCCACUCGGAAUGCUGUAUUGUCUCGAGCCGAAGCCUUACGGCGUCGAUUUCAAGGCGUAUAAGUGGGAGAAGGAGAGCGAGUGGUUUGUCGAGGUGCCGAACUUUCAGCUGAGGCGGGCGGAGGACGAUAUGCUGUAG